CGGGACACCGGGCUGCUGGGAGGAGGUUGGAGGUGGCUCGGGCCGGGCCGGGCCGGGCCAGGCCAAGGCCGGGGCCGGGCCGGGCCGGGCCGGGGACGAGGCGGAGAGCUACGGGGGAGGAGGUGGGCGGGCCUCUUCCCUUUGGGGUGUACAUCCGGGCCUGUCCGGGAGGCUCGCCGAGUCUUUAGGUGACAGAAGGCAGCCUCGUGCUGGCUCCGGGCCGCACACGGUAGCGGGGACCCUCCGGAGGCAGUGAUCCGGAGCAGAGGCGGGCCCGGGAUCCGCACCAAACGGAGAGAGGAGGGAGCCCCCAGCCCACGGGGAUCCACCCUCCAGGACGCAGGCACAGCGGAUUGCCUGGAGGAGCUGAGCCUUGAGGAGGCUCUUAGGGCUGGGGGCUCCAGUGCUUCCCAAACUGAGGGAGGAGAGGGCAUGUGGCAGUCUCGGAUUGGAGCCUGGAAUGGUACUUACCGAGGCCAAGAGGGCUUCCCCGAAGAGGUGGCAUAAGCUCUCGCCUUUGAGGGGAAAGCCCCAAGGGGUGCGGGUGCUGAGCCAUCUGUCCCGCUGGAGGAGGGGACUCAGGUCCCUGAGGACUCCCUGGAAAAGGCUGUCCAAGCUCACAGUGAAAAGGUGCCUGGUGAGAAGCGGCUCUGGGGGUGGGAGGGCAAAUUUAGGCAGUGCGGGGCCUUCAUGGCUUUGCAGCUGGUAAAGAGUCCCUGUGAAGGCUAAGUUAGCAAGUACUGCCCCAGCAGAGGGGACAAGGGGGGGGGCUGGGAAAGCUGAGGGACUGGAGGAGGCUCCAAGCUUCCAGCUGGGGUGAGGGGCUACUGGGGACUUUGGCCAGAGAAGGAAGAGAGAUCUUGAGUGCUAGGGAGGGGGGACUAGAGGGAAGGGAAACCCCAAGUGCUAAGAAGGAGGGAUCAGAGAGAAGGGAGACCCCAAGUACUAGAGGGGGAUGAGAGGGAAAGGAGAUCCUGAGUGCUAGGGAGGGGAAGAUGAGAGAGAAGGGAGACCCCUAGUGCUAAGAAGGAGAGAUCAGGGGGAAGGGAGAUCCCAGGUGCUAGGAAGGGGAGGAUGAGAGAGAAGGGAGACCCCUAGUGCUAACAAGGAGAGAUCAGGGGGAAGGGAGACCCCAGGUGCUAGGGAAGGGAGACCCUGAGUGCUAGGAAGGGGAGGAUGAGAGAGAAGGGAGACCCCUAGUGCUAAGAACGAGGGAUCAGGGAGAAGGGAGACCCCAAGUACUAGAGGGGGAUGAGAGGGAAAGGAGACCCUGAGUGCUAGGAAGGGGAGGAUGAGAGAGAAGGGAGACCCCUAGUGCUAAGAAGGAGGGAUCAGAGAGAAGGGAGACCCCAAGUACUAGAGGGGGAUGAGAGGGAAAGGAGACCCUGAGUGCUAGGAAGGGGAGGAUGAGAGAGAAGGGAGACCCCUAGUGCUAAGAACGAGGGAUCAGAGGGAAGGGGAAGAUGAGAGAGAAGGGAGACCCCUAGUGCUAAGAAGGAGGGAUCAGAGGGAAGGGGAAGAUGAGAGAGAAGGGAGACCCCUAGUGCUAAGAAGGAGGGAUCAGGGAGAAGGGAGACCCCAAGUACUAGAGGGGGAUGAGAGGGAAAGGAGACCCUGAGUGCUAGGGAGGGGAGGAUGAGAGAGAAGGGAGACCCCUAGUGCUAAGAAAGAGGGAUCAGAGAGAAGGGAGACCCCAAGUACUAGAGGGGGAUGAGAGGGAAAGGAGACCCUGAGUGCUAGGGAGGGGAGGAUGAGAGAGAAGGGAGACCCCUAGUGCUAAGAACGAGGGAUCAGAGGGAAGGGGAAGAUGAGAGAGAAGGGAGACCCCUAGUGCUAAGAAGGAACGAUCAGAGGGAAGGGAGAUCCCAGGUGCUAGGAAGGGGAGGAUGAGGGAGAAGGGAGACCCCUAGUGCUAAGAAAGAGGGAUCAGAGAGAAGGGAGACCCCAAGUACUAGAGGGGGAUGAGAGGGAAAGGAGACCCUGAGUGCUAGGGAGGGGAGGAUGAGAGAGAAGGGAGACCCCUAGUGCUAAGAAGGAGGGAUCAGAGGGAAGGGAGACCCCAAGUACUAGAGGGGGAUGAGAGGGAAAGGAGACCCUGAGUGCUAGGGAGGGGAGGAUGAGAGAGAAGGGAGACCCCUAGUGCUAAGAACGAGGGAUCAGAGAGAAGGGAGACCCCAAGUACUAGAGGGGGAUGAGAGGGAAAGGAGACCCUGAGUGCUAGGGAGGGGAGGAUGAGAGAGAAGGGAGACCCCUAGUGCUAAGAACGAGGGAUCAGAGGGAAGGGGAAGAUGAGAGAGAAGGGAGACCCCUAGUGCUAAGAAGGAACGAUCAGAGGGAAGGGAGAUCCCAGGUGCUAGGAAGGGGAGGAUGAGGGAGAAGGGAGACCCCUAGUGCUAAGGAGAGAUCAGAGGGAAGGGAGACCCCAGGUGCUAGGGAAGGGAGACCCUGAGUGCUAGGAAGGGGAGGAUGAGAGAGAAGGGAGACCCCUAGUGCUAAGAAGGAGGGAUCAGAGAGAAGGGAGACCCCAAGUACUAGAGGGGGAUGAGAGGGAAAGGAGACCCUGAGUGCUAGGGAGGGGAGGAUGAGAGAGAAGGGAGACCCCUAGUGCUAAGAAGGAGGGAUCAGAGGGAAGGGAGACCCCAGGUGCUAGGGAAGAGAGACCCUGAGUGCUAGGAAGGGGAGGAUGAGAGAGAAGGGAGACCCCUAGUGCUAAGAAGGAGGGAUCAGAGGGAAGGGCGACCCCAGGUGCUAGGGAAGGGGAAGAUGAGAGAGAAGGGAGACCCCUAGUGCUAAGAAGGAAGGAUCAGAGGGAAGGGAGACCCCAGGUGCUAGGGAAGGGAGACCCUGAGUGCUAGGAAGGGGAGGAUGAGAGAGAAGGGAGACCCCUAGUGCUAAGAAGGAGGGAUCAGAGAGAAGGGAGACCCCAAGUACUAGAGCGGGAUGAGAGGGAAAGGAGACCCUGAGUGCUAGGGAGGGGAGGAUGAGAGAGAAGGGAGACCCCUAGUGCUAAGAAGGAGGGAUCAGAGAGAAGGGAGACCCCAGGUGCUAGGGAAGGGAGACCCUGAGUGCUAGGAAGGGGAGGAUGAGAGAGAAGGGAGACCCCUAGUGCUAAGAAGGAGGGAUCAGAGGGAAGGGAGACCCCAGGUGCUAGGGAAGGGGAAGAUGAGAGAGAAGGGAGACCCCUAGUGCUAGGGAAGGGAGACCCUGAGUGUUACGAAGGGGAGGAUGAGAGAGAAGGGAGACCCCUAGUGCUAAGAAGGAGGGAUCAGAGGGAAGGGAGACCCCAAGUGCUAGGGAAGGGAGACCCUGAGUGCUAGGGAAGGGAAGAUGAGAGAGAAGGGAGACCCCAAAUACUAGAGGGGGAUGAGAGGGAAGGGAGACCCCAAGUGCUAAGAAGGGGGGAUCAGAGAGAAGGGAGACCCCAAGUGCUAGGGAAGUUGAAGGAAGCCUAGGCAGUCACUAGGCUUGCACCCUUAUUCCACAAGCUGGAUCAUGGACCAGUACAGCAUCCUGGGCCGGAUAGGUGAAGGGGCCCAUGGCAUCGUGUUCAAGGCCAAGCAUGUGGAGACGGGGGAGACGGUGGCUCUGAAGAAGGUUGCCUUGCGACGGCUGGAGGACGGCAUUCCCAACCAGGCCCUGCGGGAGAUCAAGGCCCUCCAGGAGAUUGAGGACAACCAGUAUGUGGUGAAGUUGAAGGCUGUGUUCCCGCAUGGAGCAGGCUUCGUCCUGGCUUUUGAGUUCAUGCUCUCUGACCUGUCUGAGGUCAUCCGGCAUGGGAAGCGGCCUCUGGCCCCAGCUCAGGUUAAAGCGUACAUGCAAAUGCUGCUCAAGGGUGUAGCCUUCUGCCACGCCAACAACAUUGUACACCGGGACCUGAAGCCAGCCAACCUGCUCCUCAGCUCCUCGGGUCAGCUGAAGAUUGCCGACUUUGGCCUUGCUCGUGUUUUCUCCCACAAGGGUGACCGACUUUAUAGCCACCAGGUGGCCACGAGGUGGUAUCGGGCUCCAGAACUUCUGUACGGAGCCAGGCAGUAUGAUGAGGGUGUGGACCUAUGGGCCGUGGGCUGCAUCUUCGGGGAGCUCCUGAACAACUCCCCUCUUUUCCCCGGGGAGAAUGACAUCGAACAGCUGUGCUGUGUCCUGCGGGUCCUCGGGACCCCCAGCCCUCGGGUGUGGCCAGGGAUCACCGAGCUCCCAGAUUACAACAAGAUCUCAUUCAAGGAGCAGCUGCCCCUGCCCCUGCGCGAGGUGCUGCCCGACGCCUCCUACGAAGCCCUCCAGCUCCUGAGUCGCUUUCUUGUCUACCCCCCUCGAAGUCGGAUCCAGGCCGAUCAGGCCCUGCUACAUGAGUACUUCUUCAGAGCCCCGCUGCCAGCCCACCCCUCAGAGCUGCCCAUUCCACAGCGUGGGGGGGGGCCUGGCCCCAAGGCCCGACCAGGCCCUCCUCAUGUCCACGACUUCAGGGUAGAGCAGCCCCUGGCUGAGUCGUUGCCAGAUCCGGAGCUGAUUCGGCCCUACCUCCCGGAGGGAUGAGCCUCCCACUGCCCUGGCCUCCACCCAGCUCUGCCUGGCCCCAAGAGAUUGCCUUAUCUGGGCACUCCCAGCUGCUCCCCCUGGCUUUCCUGCGGCCAGGGUGGGAGGGGACUCAGGCGUCCGGCUUCCCUCCCUCUGGAGGUUCAGGAGAACGGACUUCUAACCUUGGCUGUGCCUCAGUUUCCCUGAUAACAAUAAACACUACAUUGGACUCCAAA